AUGACAGCUGGAGUUAUAUUUGUAAAUGCUUUUGCAUCAGUCGGCAUCAAGAAGAAAGAUGUAGCCGCAAAAUAUGGCAUUCCUGCUAACAGUGUAUCCACUAUACUAAAAAAUAAGGAUUCCAUUUUAAGUAAAGCUGGUGAAGUAGGGAAUUCCAAUGCAAAACGAGUACGAUUGUGCGUGUAUGACAACGUCGAUCAAGCAGUUUUAAAAUGGAUUCAUUCCGUGCGGGAUCAGAACUUACCUUUGUCAGGUUCGCUAAUUAAAGAAAAGGCAUUGCAGUUUGCCAACGCAUUAGGCUACUCGGAACUCCAAGCAAGUGUUGGAUGGUUGGACAAAUUUAAAAAACGUCACAUGUUGGUGCACAAAGUAGUUUCAGGAGAAAGUGUUGAUGUGUCGGAUGAAAGUUGUGAGCAGUGGAAAAAUGAAGUGUUAAAACCGGUAUUAAAAGAGUACCAGCCAAAAGACGUGUUUAAUUGCGAUGAAAUGGGACUCUUUUUCAAAUGUCUCCCAGAUAAAACUCUUACUUUUAAAGGAGACGAGUGUUUUGGUGGAAAACGUAGCAAAGACAGAAUUACAGUAUUGGUUACUUCAAAUAUGACAGGGGAAGAAAAGCUGAAGUUGCUAGUUAUUGGGAAGAGUAAAAACCCUAGAUGUUUCAAAGGCAUCAAACCCUUAGAAGUGAACUAUCAGAACAGUAGAAAAGCUUGGAUGACAGGCGAAAUUUUUGAGAAGUGGUUAUUGGACUUGGACAAAAAGUUUGGGAAAGAAAAAAGAAAGAUUGCAUUAUUUGUAGACAAUUGCCCAUCACAUCCACCUGAAGUGAAAUCCAAAGUGAAGAACAUAAAACUUAUCUUUCUUCCUCCAAACACUACCUCGAAAUUGCAACCGAUGGAUCAGGGGAUAAUUAAAAAUUUAAAAGUCUACUACCGAAAGCGAAUUUUGUGA